CCGUGUGUCGUUUGCAGUGUGAAAGUUCACAGGGCAUGCAAAGGUCGUGUUGUGUUUUUAGCGAGCUAUGGCUGCCUUGAGUUGGUUUACGUGCAGACAGCUGCCGCGGAUUGCAAAUCAGUUCGCCUGGGUUGUGAAGUACGUCAGGCCUCAGUACCUCGGGGGACUGCCGGUGAGGAGAGUCCACGGGUCGUCGCGGAAAUGGGUGGCUGAGAAAGGGCCAUGGGGCAAGGCUCGGAUGCCAGAGUAUCAUCUUCUGACAGAACUCGAUAAGGCGGAUGCCUUGAUGCUGAAAAAGUCCCACGAAACUGGGUUCCUGUCUUGGUUCCGGAACGGACUCCUGGCCACCGGGAUCGGGGUCAUCGCUUUCGUCCAGAGUGAUGUGGGACGAGAGGCAGGAUAUGCUUUCUUCAUCCUGGGUGGUGUGUGUGUAUCGUUUGGCGGGGCGUCCUACGUGGGCAGUCUGUUUUCGCUGAGGAGGAUGAUGCUUCUCUCCCUGCCUGCCGUGCUGCUGAAUGUUGCUGUGGUGAGCAGCGUCGCCCUCUUCUGGCUGUGUGCGGUAUCUCUCUACAUCGGACGCCUGGAGGUGGAGAUUAUACAUGAGGAGGACGAGGACGAUGACGGAGAGGAGUGUCCAGACUGUCGGGACCGCGCCAACCACUCCCAUGGCAACCGGCACCACGGCAGCAACAAAGGCCAAGACAAGUAGAGAGUGUGAGUGGCAAAGGUGACGAGGUGUGUGUGUGUGUGUGUGUGUGUGUGUGUGUGUGUGUGUGUGUGUGUGUGUGUGUGUGUGUGUGUGUGUGUGUGUGUGUGUGUGUGUGUGUGUGUGUGUGUGUGUGUGUGAGAGGAGUGAGAGGACUGAGAGGAAGUGUGUAUGACAUUCAAAGAGAUGGGGGGGGGAUAAAGGGGAUCAGUGAAAGGCAUGAUUGAUUUGGAUGGUGGUUGUUUGCUGACCUCUGAUAUUCAUUUGUGUGGGUGGGUGUGUUAAAUUGCUGGGAUAACGAGUUAAUUUUUAGUUCAUAAUAUCAAUGUUAGAUUUUUUUUUUUUAAUUGUAGUUUUAUUUUUCACAGGCACUCUGUGAGAGUGCCUCGUUUGAGUUGAUUAACUCCUGAUCAUGUUUACUUUCUGAAUCAAAGUGCCCUGUACAAUUCCCAAGCCAUACUCUGAGCCAGCUCAUGCUGUGUUCACCUAAAUAUGGUUUUGAUUGAUGUAAAAAAAAAAAAAAAAAAAAUAUCAGUUUAUUCUAUAUUUAUUACGAAGGAGUACUUGGAUUCUCUAUAGUAAUCCAUGCUGGUGAUGUAGAAUGAGGAGAUGUAGCCCAUGUUGCAGUGUUGAAUGGAUGAACUAGCCCUAUGUCAAUUUGCGAUAUAAUGUAUAAAUACUCUAGGUAAGUAAUCAGCAAUGGUCUAUAUUUGUGUAAUCGAUUUUCUCUGUGUGUAAAAGUCUGUGGGUUUUUCUUAUGUGUUCUGUAUUUUAGAUUGAAAAGGUUAUUUUAACUCAUAAAGGCUUUGGCUUACA